CACGACCAUCGUAGACCAUUGGCCAUCACCAUAGGAUCAUCAAGACCUCUCACCCACCCGCACUACCCUCAACAUGCCUACCAUCGAAGACUUCGACGAUGACACAGACUUCGAUCUCCCCGCCCCUCCCCCGACCGGAGGCGCGGCCGCCUCCUCCGGCAUGCCAGGCAUGCCCUCUAUGAGUCCAGAGCAGAUGCAGGCCUUCCAACAGAUGAUGUCUCAGGGCGGUGGCGGUAUGCCCGGCAUGGGUGGUUCUGGCGGCAUGGGCGGUCCCUCCUCCACCUCUCCCGGCGCUCCUACCACGACCAGCAUCGGCGGUCCACCUGCCGCUCCCGCCGAGACAAAGGAGUGGAUCGCCCUCUACCCAAUCUACUUUGACGCCAAGCGAUCUCACAAGACGGGAGAGCGACGAGUGACCUGGGCCAAGAGCUCACUCUACCCACAUUCUCUUGGACUGGCUAAAGCGCUGCAGAGGCUGGGCCUUAGGGCGAUUCAUGAGCCGAGCAAGACGCACCCACGGGAUUGGGAAAACCCGGGGAGGGUGAAAGUGAGGGUAUUUGAUGAGGAUGGCAAUGCCGUUGCUUCUGUCCAAGGAGGGGGCAAGACUCUUCAGAACAGACGACAGCUCUUGGAAGUUGUUGCGCCGGUGCUGCAGCAAUUCUGUGGUGGUGCUCCGCCCUUGGAGCUGCCAAAGAGGGAAAAGAAGGCCCCGCGGGUAAAGAGCAAGGCGAAUACUGAGGCAGGGGGUGUCAAAAAGGGAAACAAAGAAGCUGCAAAGAGCAGUGCAUCCUCCGCCGCUGCCAAGUCGACUGCCACCACCAAGGCUGGCAAGCCUGCAAGCACGAGCACUCCAGCUACCAAGGACACAGCGGGCAACGCUUCGGCUUCUACUUCAAAGGGACCCCAUCUGCCCAACGCUGGCUCCUCUUCUCGUCUUGCAAAGCUCAACCGCGUCCACCUUCUCCGUCCUCACCUACCCCCCGCGCACGUUCGUCUCCCACCACACUCCCCCGCCCUCUCGGCCAAUCUGCUCAACAUGGACCUAAAUGCCGCCAUGGGCGGUGCCCCCGGCGGAGGUGCUGGCGCUCUUCCAGGCGGAGCGGGCGGGGCAGCCAACCCGAUGGGAGCUUUGGGCAACAUGAUGGGUAAUCUAGGUUUUGGACAGGAGGAUGAGGAAGGGGAAGACGGAGCGGGAGAGACGGAGGAGGAGAAGAGGAAAAAGGCACAGAAUGACCCUUUCAAGGGGAUUGGUCGGAGGGGCAGGAAGAGGGUCGUGAGGGUGGGAAGAUAAUGAGAGGGUAGUCUAGGGAUCAAUAAGCACAUACGGCGAUGAAGGAAGAGUGUGCACGGGGCAGACCAGUGGAGAUGGGCAUCGUGAAUAGAUUGGUUUUAGAUGAAAAGCUCGACGAGGUUUGCAUUCCCCACGAGCUUGCAAAGCAUUGAGCACCCUCGUCCUCCCUUUCUACCACUACAAGGUCGAGACCUUGCAUUGAUCCC